UUUUCCAAAUGAAUAUACUAGCUUUGAUACCGGUUAAUACGAAAAUUGAUUGCAGACAGCUCACCGAAAGAGAAAAACAGCUCAAAGACCCGAAAGGUUUUUCUCUUUCGGUGAGCUGGAUACAAGCCCACCCGAGGACGACUAUAUAACCCGUCUGAUAUCCAUCUGAAAACGCCCCUCUUCUUCAAACAAAGCAGUAUGGCUGACCGCUCUCGAACCUCCAUCGCCUCCGAAGCUGAGUCUGAGAAGAAGGCAGCUGUCGUGCUUGAAAACGAAAAGGGUGCCAACUUCGACUCCUCAUCGCUUUCCGACUACGACAGCGUCUACGGCGGUGUUGCGGCAAAGCUCAACAUCCCCGAUGACUGGCCAGAGCUCUCUUCAAGGGCUCCUGAGAAAUACUAUUUCUGGUCUCGUUCAAAGAAGUCCGACCCCCUGCUCGAUGAAAUAGCCACUCAACCGUCUGUCUUUGACGAUCCCGAUAAAUGCAAUUACUUCCGCCCGAUUGACAACUACGAGAACCUGCACCGGUUCGAUCCAAAGUUCCGCUGGACUUGGCGCGAGGAGCGCAAGGUUGUUCGCAAAGUCGACUUGCGUAUCAUGACCUGGGUUGCCGUCAUGUUUAUGGCUUUGCAGCUGGAUCGCGCGAAUAUCUCCCAGGCUGUUGCGGAUAACAUGCUUGAUGAUCUUCGUUUCUCCACAGACGUGUUUAACAACGGAAAUACGAUCUUCAAAGUUUUCUUCUUGAUUUGCGAAGUGCCAUCGCAGCUCGUGAGUAAGAAACUAGGUCCGGAUGUGUGGAUUCCCAUACAGAUGAUCUCGUGGAGUAUCGUGGCGCUGUCUCAGUUCUGGCUGAAAGACGAAGCCGGAUUCUAUAUCACCCGUGCCUUGAUUGGAGCCUGGGAGGGAGGCUUUAUUGCCGACAUCUGUCUCUAUCUUUCCUACUUCUACACCAGCAUCGAGCUACCUGUCCGCCUAGCUUAUUUCUGGGCGGCCUUGACCACGUCGGAGAUCAUUGCCGCGUUUAUGGCCUUUGGAAUCCUUCGCAUGCGCGGAGUUCUCGGCUAUGAGGGAUGGAGAUGGUUGUUUUUGAUUGAAGGAUGUAUUACCGUCGUCAUCGGUCUUAUCUCAUUUCUUCUCAUGCCUCCCUCGCCCACUAAAACAGCCUCCUGGUUCAGAGGCAAAGACGGCUGGUUUACGGCUAAAGAAGAGGCUAUCAUAGUCAAUCGGGUUUUGCGAGACGAUCCAAACAAAGGCGGAAUGCACAAUCGCCAGGCGCUUGACUGGAAAAUGCUCGGGAAGUCAUUCAAAGACUUUGAUCUGUGGCCCAUCUACAUUAUCGGCUUGUUAUUUGGCAUCAGCGCGGCCCCUGUCGACACUUAUCUCACGCUGACACUGCGAUCGCUCGGGUUCACCACUUUGCAGACAACACUUUUGACUCUUCCCAAACAGUUUCUUGGCCUGUUCACGCUACUUGCUAUCACCUACGUUUCCCAGCGCAUCGACCAGCGAAGCAUUCUCGGCAUCUUUGGCCAAGUCUGGGUUCUCGCCCUUCUUAUCCCGCUCCGAAUCUUCGACGCCGGCUCAAACCGCUGGUCCAAAUACGCAGUCACAACUAUCUUGAUCGGUCAUCCUUCCACGCACGCUAUCCAAGUUGCCUGGACUUCCCGCAACUCAAACUCGGUCCGCACGAGAACGUUGUCGGCAGCGCUGUACAAUAUGUUUGUCCAGUUAAGCGGUAUCAUAUCCUCCUACGUAUACCGCUCCGACGAUAAGCCGUUAUACAAACGAGGAAAUUCAGUGCUGAUCGGGAUAGCGUGCCUGAACAUCGUCAACUACAUCUUUGUCAAGUUCUACUACAUCUUUAGAAACCGGCAGCGUGAGAAGAUCUGGAACCAAAUGACGCAGGAAGAGAAGGUGCAGUACACUCUUACGACGAAAGAUGAGGGUAGUCGGAGACUUGAUUUUAGAUUCGCUCACUAAGCGCUUUCGUUUUCGUGUUCUUUCUCUCUUAGAGCUAGAAAAAUGAAUUUUGCUAGAGUAGCGCUUUUUUUUGAUCUAUGUUUUUAUGAUUUUUAAUAUACGCUCGUGCACGACCUAAAUACUGAACCCGAGAACUUCGGUGACAA